ACAGCUGUCGGUGGCACUCAGUCGGCGAGCCUGUCAGUGUGAGGACCGCCGUGUGUGUUACUGCCCCCCCCGGGGAACCAGCCGGUCGUUUCCAUUUCCUCCCUCCAGGCUUUUCCUCGGUGUCAGCUUGUCGCCGCCACGACAGACCCAAGUCCCGGGACAUGGCGCGACCAGAACAAGUCCUGGUGCUAGAGCCGCCACAGGAACUCAAAUUCAGAGGCCCGUUUACAGAUGUUGUCACCGCCACACUGAAGCUCACCAACCCGACAGACAGAAAUGUCUGCUUCAAAGUUAAGACCACCGCACCGCGCCGAUACUGCGUGCGUCCAAACAGCGGCAUCAUCGACGCUGGGACCUCCAUAAAUGUUUCUGUCAUGCUGCAGCCCUUCGAGUACGACCCCAAUGAGAAGAGUAAACAUAAAUUCAUGGUGCAGUCCAUCCUGGCUCCCAGAGACAUGACUGACAUGGAAGGAGUUUGGAAGGAGGCGAAGUCCGACGAGCUGAUGGAUUCAAAGUUAAGAUGUUCAUUUGAGAUGCCUCUUGAAAAUGACAAGGCUCAUGAGAGUGAAAGCGGCAAAACUGUGUCUUUCUCUACCUCUACCUGUGUUAAGACUGAGCUCCCGGCGCUGCCCAAGUCAGCCAGCGCCUCCCUGGAUGACGACGAGGUGAAGAAGAUCAUGGAGGAGUGCAGGCAGCUGCAGAUGGAGGUGCAGAGGCUACGAGAAGAAAACAAACAGAUUCGGGAGGACGACGGCCUGCGGAAGAGAAAGCCCACACAGACGGCUGCUUCUCACCCCGGCACCAUGGCCAGCACAGCCAUGAUGACGAAGGACGAGGGCCUGAGCACCCGCAUCCUCGCUUUGUGCUUGCUCUUCUUUGUGAUCGGAGCCAUCGUGGGCAAGCUGGUUCUUUAGAGACACAGACAUGGCACAGGGACGGAUGGACACCGUGUUUUAAAGGGCACGUACCAAUGACGGCAACGGCGAUGUCUUCUGGGUUUAUGUUGAUCUGUUUGCUUCUUUUCUUAACAUUCGAAAGCUACUGGUCAAGGGGGGGGGGGGGGGUAUCUUUAUUCAACCACAAUUGUACAAUUAUGAUAAAAAACACAGCUGAGUUAAAAACAAAAGUAUGAAUUUCCACUGCUGGACUUAACAGAUUAGUGUUUUUUUUUUUUGUUGUUUUUUUUUUAGGUGCGUCUGACGUUAGAUCAUCUGGUUUAGUAAACACUGUGGUGAACGGGCAACAUUUAACAGAUCUUUGGCGUAGAUUCAGACCCAAAUUAAUAUUGACUUAUCCCUGAAGAACACAGAUAAAUACAUUGAAGAUUAGACCGGGGGGGGUUCCAUAAUUUCCCAGUGAUUCCCAUGAUUGAUGCUGCUAUUGAUGGCGAUCCACUGAUGGUCUUCAGAGCUUAAUGGUGGCUAAUGCUGCUCAAUUGGUACGGAUCUAUUUAUAUUAAGGCAGUAGAAAUCCCUCCAAUCAUUGGGCUCCUCUGCAAGUCUGCCGUUCAUAAAACGAGCCAGUGUCAUUAUGUAUCGCCUCAACUAGCAGCGUGACACGGCCGCUCUACGGCAGCGCCUGCAGUUUUAAAAACACCACAGAACUGACACAAAUAUUAUUUAAUCGGUUUAUUUUUUUCCCCCUUCUUCCUCCUGGUGUUUAUCUGAACGAUGGUGAUGGGCGUCACUGCGUUAUGGGGCCUGAUUAUGACUCUUUCCGCCUCGUGAUUCUGACCAGGAUGUGGGCACCGAGCUCGUCUCACUGCUUUCAAAGAAUCGACAAUUUAAAUUUUCAGCCCCUCUCUUCAAAUGCUGGAUGGGUUACGCAGCGGUUCUGUAGGUCUAAGCAGAAAAUAGCGAUUGAAUUAGAAAGUCAGCCGUUUACUUCCAGUCUGCCCUACAUCUGUAUGUUUCUUACUAAAAAGGUUGUACAGCAGCUGUGCAGAACGCAUUACUAAAGGGUAAAUUGACAGGAGAAUAGCUGAAAAUCACUCUGAUCAGGUGACUAAAACCAGCAGAGGGUUUUUUUAUGAUGGUUAAAUGUUAAUCUCCAGAAGAACUCACAUUGCAUGUUGUUUUCUUGGCGACUAGCGUUUAAGUUCAGGUUUGUGCAAAAAGUCUGGCUAGUAAGUUAAAGGCAGCAUAAAGUUGUCUAAAGGGUGGGAGGGGGGUGUAAAAAGUAAACAACGGAGGGCAGGCCCAAGUUAAAUAACAAGGCUCGGUGAUUUUUUUUUUUUUUAUUUUAUUUUUUUUUGGUCACAGGUUUGGUCGUUUUUUGUUUUUGGUCGUUCACCGCUUCUGAUCUUUUCCUUUCCGUCCAUCUCUGCUUCCUAAAGGAUCUUCCCUCCGCUCGCACCGGUGGCAGGUAGAGGUGCGUGGAAGCGGCUUCACGCUGGCUGAAUGUUUCACUGAUUCUGAAAGUUUCCUCACUCGCGUGUCAGUUCGUCCCGUCAUCACGUCUCUUCCACUAAUUGUCGGGUGAUCCCAGAGGACAGUAGAGCAAAAUUUAAUCAUGGAAAGACUUUUUGUUCUUCUUCCUGAAUGCAAACUUCAUGUACUGUCUUCUAAAGAGUGAUGUGAAAAAUGAUAUAUAUAUAUAUAUAUAAAAAUCUAAAUAUAUGUAUGCUGUAUGUAUGAGCCAGUAGAAGCUGCGUGUGUGUGUGGAUCUUUUAAUGUGACGGGGCUGCAAAGAGUUUCCUGUUUCUAACUGGGGGGGGGGGAUUUCAGCUAUUAAACAUGUCGGUGUCUGUCCAGACCAAGAACUCGAGCUAAAUCUUUGGGCCACUAAUAAAGUUAUGACUCAAUAAAGGAUUAUGAUGAUCAAUUUAAGCUGCACGCUGAUCUAUUGGGAAAAUAAACCCUGUCAUUUAGUUUAAAGCAUCUUUGGCCUGAUGUCUAGAAUCUGCUCCGCAAAGACGACUUCAGGCUGAAGCAGUUUAAGGUUCACAGCAGGUCCUCCAGGUCGAACACAUUUAUAAGUUAUUAGAGUUUAGAAAACCAGUGUUGCCCUCCAUUUUGCUUCUUUUUUUUUUUUUUUUAAGUGAUGUUAAAAUCAAGUGCUCUGCAAGCCAGCAUGACAUAACCCAGAUUACGGUUGCUGCUGAAGUUAUUUAUCCUCAAUGUUGGAAACUUCUCCAACGAGGCCUGUCGUUUAAAAGCAAAAAAAAAAAGGGACCACCUUAAGUCUUGGUUUCAUCGGUUCAGCUCUUUUUCUUUUUGGCUUUCUUCGUCUCCUGCUAUAUCGUCUCGAGCGUCACACGCGGCCGCCUUUUAUCGACCGUGUUUGUUUCCCGGGGCUAAAGAGAAACGUGCGUCUUCGGUUGCCUGAAACGGAUCGGGGCGCCGUGGCCGUCUGUGAGGACUGACCUGUUCAUACGCACUACAUUAAAGGAAAUGAUAACCGCGCUUUAGGCCCACUCCUGCGCUGAUGCAGCCACAGCAGUGUAAUCACACGCCGUCACUGGAUACUCUUUUUUUUGUAUGUACGUAUACUCGAACGUAGUGAAGCAAGAAAAGUGAACAGCCACCAUGGAUCAUGUAGCAUCAUAAUAAAUUACAAUACAUAACCUCCUCCCCCCACCCUUACUGGUUCUUAUUUCUGUGAGUGGAUGUUUUUCCCCUAAUGGAGUUCAGUGUGAGUGACCUGUGUGAGAGAUGAUCAGUAUAAACAUGGUCAUGAUAAGAAGAUACAGAUAUUAAAAGUAUUUGCCCUUGCAGAUUCUGGGUUUUUAGAAGGCAAAUGUUUAAGGUCGUGAAAUAAAUUGUAACGUCAGACAUUGUAAA